GAUCAUCUUAUGCUCCCAGCCCUCGCCCAGACACUACCCCAAGAGACCAUCAGCCGGCUUCCAGGGAGUGGGGAGGAGGCGAUCCAACGGGGGACGGCGGCUGCGACCGAGGGAGCCACAGCCUCAACUCACCAGC